CUCACCUGUCUUCCUCUGCUCGCUCUCUUUCUAAGCGGUUCCUCAGUGCGGACUGGGAGCCGUCCUGCCUCCAGCAGCCGUGCAGGAUGUGAAGGCAGCAGAUGACCUCUUCCUCCGAGUGUGCCACCACCAGGGCUGGAUAUGCUGGGUCAGCACCUGUGCCCAUGGCGUCCUGCCUUAUCUCUGGGUCUUCAGGAUGGUAGCAGGGUGUGAGGACAGCAGCAGCAGACAGCAGCAGUCAUGGAGGUGGAGAGCACCACAGAGCCAGCCUUCGUGGAUGUGGACCAGGGCCUGACUCUGGCCUGCAUCGCAUUCCUCUGCCUGCUGCUGGUGGCAAUGAUCAUCCGCUGCGCCAAGGUCAUCAUGGACCCGUACAGCGCCAUCCCCACCUCCACAUGGGAGGAACAACACCUGGAUGACUGA